AUGGCACUGUCAGCUUCACUUAAGACAUUCCUACUGUACUGCGGUACCUUCAUCGGUGAACGACUCGAAGCAGCUCCCUUCCAGACCUUCCUCAUCUUGGCCUCUGCCUGGAUCCUCUCUAUUCCGGCUAUUGUGUUCCUGAUGACCCGCUACUCGCCCUUAUUUAAUUCCAAAAAUGGCAAACCUCAACUGCGAUGCCGCUCAUGCGGAAGCACCGAAGUUUCCGAAAUCCCUGCGGGGACCUCAAUUCCAACCCCGAGUGAGAAGAGAGAUUGA